CACGAUAACAUUGUUGAAAAAACAUAAGGCAUGAGAAAUUUGUAGAUAGAUAAAAUAAUGAAAGUGUAUUAACUGUUUGUGAUAAUGGCUACAACUAUCAGAUUCAAACCAUUGUUUCCACUAUCUCCUUUGCCUAAACAAACCAAUUCACCUCUAACUUCAUGGCAUUCCCUUCCAGUUUCUCGUCCUUUCUUUCAUCAACGUGGAUUUGUUGCAGUUUCUGUUGCCUUCAACCCACAAGGGAACUUCGAUGAUGUCUCAUUAUUUGCUGACGAUGAUGAAUCUAAAGUUGAACCUCCUAUGCCUCCAAGUGAAGGCAGAUUUAAUGUUGUAAUUGAUAAUGAUGCUGUUAGUAGUCUUGACUUGUCCCCUUUUCAAGCUGCAACCGGCAUGAAAAAUCCCUUAUCUGUGAAACCGCAAGAGUUUCUUGAGCGUUCCAUUGGCUUUACCAUCAACUAUACAAGACCAGAUCCUCGCGAUCCUCGCGAGUUAUCGGAGUAUCCGGAUAUUAGACUAUGGUUUGUGAGACUUGAUGCUGCUUAUCCAUGGUUGCCGGUUUUGUUGGAUUGGAGAGCUGGCGAGCUAGCUCGGUAUGCUGCUAUGUUAGUUCCACAUCAGAUGAAUAUGAAAAUGGGGGUUGUAUUUAAUCCAGAAGCAUUGGAAUUGUUUGUUAUGAAUAAAGUAUUUAUUGUGUAUUCAUGGUUGAAGCAUCACAACAUUCCCAAGCCUGAAUCAAAGGCAAAUGAUAUGGCAAGAAUGCUUGGAUUUGGAAUUGGAUAUGAACUAUAUGACUUAGUUGAAAAUCAUCCACUUCAAGAGUAAACACAGUUUGUGACAAUGAUUGAGAUUGAGUUUUUGAAACUUGAUCAUAAAAGUAAUGUCAUGCUAAGGAUUUGUUUCCUCAAGAUAUUUAACUAGAGUUUGAUAUUUUGUAUUCACACUUUUGGCAAAUUUGACAGGGAAAAUCUCUCUUUAAUCA